AUGUCCCACCCCAAAGCGAGCGGCGAAGGCGCAGACGUACCUGACGCUGGUCUGCGUAGUCUCGACCACUACAAGAGAGCGCUUCCCAAAUGGCGGUAUGCUUUGCGCCAGAGCGCACUCCCUCUGAUACGAUGGGAGACACCCUAUCUGGCAUGGAUGCAGGAUAACCUACGCACGCCAGCGCUGGACAGCUACUUUGCCAUCACGGCGAACUUGGGGACGCAUACGUUCUUCAUGAUUGGGUUGCCGAUCCUCUUCUGGUGUGGCUAUCCGGCGUUUGGGAAGGGUCUUGUGCAUAUCCUGGCUCUUGGGGUGUUUUGGACAGGGUUCAUCAAGGACUUCUACUCGCUUCCCCGACCUCUGUCGCCGCCUUUACAUCGGAUCACCAUGUCUGGCUCCGCAGCCCUGGAAUAUGGGUUCCCCUCGACACAUAGCGCCAACGCAGUCUCGGUGGCUGUCUAUGGCUUGUUGUUGCUGAAGGAUCCGGACAAUGCGCUGCCGCCAACGACCAGGUUUUGUCUAGAGAUCCUCGCCUACUUUUAUGCCGUCUCGAUUGUAUUUGGGAGGCUGUACUGCGGAAUGCAUGGGUUCCUUGAUGUGAUCAUUGGUUCGAUACUGGGAGCAGCGAUUUCGCUCGUCGAGUUUUAUUACGGCCCGCCACUGGAUGAGUACAUGCACUCAAGCUCAUGGAUUGCGCCGUUCAUUGCCGGGUUGGUUAUAUUAAUCCUCGUUCGGAUUCACCCCGAGCCAGCAGACGACUGCCCCUGCUUCGACGACAGUGUAUCGUUUGCCGGCGUGGUCAUUGGCCUUGAGAUCGGAACAUGGACAUAUGGUCGCAUCCCAAUGGACCCUUGGGAGACGCACGCUCAUGGCGGUAGCACUGUCGAUAUCACCCCGUUAGGUUUGCUCACCAAUGUGGCGAGAAUUGUCAUCGGGGUCCUCAUCGUCUUUCUCUGGCGUGAAUCAAUGAAGCCCAUCCUCCUCAAGACCCUCCCAUCGCUGUUUCGUCUCAUCGAGACAUCAGGGUGGAGUCUGCCCAGGAGAUUUUUCACGCCGGCGAGUGAGUACAAAUCUGUCCCACCUGGAUCAAAGUUGGACACCAUGUUUCCGGCCGCGUCCGACUUUCCACGCAUGGUGGAAAGCAUUCGUCACCCAACAACCCGCGGACGAUCCGUCUCCAUUGGCCCACAGAGCGCAGCCGAUGCGUACGAGGCCUUGGCUUACCGAGAGCGCAAGAGGCGGGAGAGCUUGAGCAGCAACCCAAGUCUGAAAAGCAGGAACAGUAACAUGGAGCUAAAAAGCACCAAAGAGGAAGGCCCUUCUGAUUGUGCACAAACGUCUGGCGCGCAGCAGUCGUCGUUGCAACAGUACAAGGCACAGAUGGGCGACGUGGCCGAGACGGAUGCUGGCAGAGAGUCGCAAGGGCAGAAUGGCCAUGCGCAGGUGCAUGCCGUCGUAGACGAGCAUAACGAAAAUGAUGAGGAAAAGAUGUUCUCGCUGCUGGUGCGGCCUCGUGUGAGGUAUGAUGUCGAGGUCGUCACCAAACUCGUCGUUUACGCGGGCAUUGCAUGGUUCGCAACAGCAGGCAUCCCCAUCAUUUUCGAGUUGAUAGGCAUGGGGACAAACCAUCUAUCAGAGGAGCUCUAA